CUUGUGACGCGGGGUUAGUAAAAGUUGGGAUUGGAGCUCCGGUGGGAGAGACCGAAGCAGGCAAGAGGAGACACCGGGACGGGACAUUUACACGGGCGGCGCGGAGGCGUUUUAGUCCACGUUAAAACACUUUUGUUUGUUUGUUUGUGUUUUCACGCUCGGCGGGGAGACACAGACGAGAAGUCAGAGCCGGAGAAAGCCGGCGUAGGGGGGCAGGCGACUUUCACUGAAGUUGAAGCCAGAAUUCCGCUCGUCAACUGCCAGAGGAAGAGGCGCCACCAAACCUUUUAUUAUUUUGGAUUUUUGAAACACACACAGGGCUUCGCGCGCAACGCAAACCCCACGUAUUUAACAUAAAAAGCGUUUUUUUCUUCUUCUUUUUCUCUCUUUUUUUUGGCGCCGUAGAAAAGUCGGCAAAUGUUUUGACAUUUAGGACCUGUUAUUUUUUGCUGCUCCAGCGGUUGACGGUCGAGUGGCGGGGUGAGAACCCGAGCUGACUCAAACUCGAUGACUACUGCAAACUGCCCCGGGAAUGAGGAGCUGGACUUCAGACUGAUCUUUGGGGAGGACGGGCAGCAGCCGGUAGGCCCUUCAGAUUUGGACCCUGAUGAGAAUACUUCGUUUUAUAUCCUAAAUGUGGGCCAGGCCCAGUCUAUGGUUUCUAACCACCAGUCUAUUGGACUCCCUCGUCAUGGAAUGCACUCCCACUCUCAGGUCAUCAACGCGUCACCCCGGCCUCCACCACACAAGGCAGGAUCUGAGGCUUUAUGUAUCGAGACACAAGACUCAAAAUAUGGGACUUCCCCCCUGCUGCCUUCAGCCCCAGUGGAGACACCAAAGGCCUUUGAGUGCCCCAGUAUCCAGAUCACCUCCAUUUCCCCUAGCUGCCAGCAGGAGAUGGAUACCAAUGAAGGGGAGUUGAGAGUUAACGGUCCCGAUGGGGAUUACCAUAGAGAGAGACCGUUGUCCAGAGAUCAUCUUUAUUUGCCACUGGACCACUCAUACCGGGACUCCUCACUCAGCCCUAGUCCCUGCAGUAGCCUUUCCUCUAGGAGCUGGUUUUCUGAUGCCUCCUCUUGUGAAUCUUUUUCUCAUGUCUAUGAUGAUGUAGACUCAGAGCUGAAUGAAGCAGCUGCCAGGUUUACUCUGGGUUCCCCCCACACUUCUCCAGGAUGUGCCUCACCUCAAGCUGUUGGUGGAGUCUUGGAGGAGCAGCCUCAUUGGCAACAUCACAACCCUCCCUUUGUGCACCACUCUCACUCCAUCAACCUGUCCCCUAGACAGUCGCCUUGCCAUUCACCACGCACCAGUGUCACUGAUGAAAACUGGCUGAGUCCUCGGCCAUCUUCCAGACCUUCGUCACGUCCCACCUCACCCUGCGGAAAAAGGCGGCACUCCAGUGCAGAUAUUUGUUACCCCAGUUCUUUGUCUCCUCAUCACUCUCCUACACCUACACCCGGACCUUCACCGAGGAGUAGCGUGACGGAGGACACUUGGGCUGGGAGUCCCUCUCUUGGCAUGUCACCAUUUCAGUGCUGUCCAUCUGAGACAGAUAUCCCUUUAAAGACAAGAAAGACCUCACAAGACAGAACAGUUUUGCAGACUGGGAAAGGAGAGCUGGGGCUGGAUGAGCAGGCAAAUAUUCCCAGCAGUCUGGACUCUCCUUCAGAUGAGACUCUGCACCUCUUGAAAAAGGAUGGACAUGUGGAACAGUUUCUCUCAGUGCCAUCACACUUCUCAUGGAGUAAACCCAAGCCUGGUCACACACCAAUUUUCAGGACCUCCUCAUUGCCUCCUCUAGAUUGGCCACUGCCAAGCCAGUUUGGCCAGUAUGAACUGAAGAUCGAGGUACAACCCAAAGCCCACCAUCGAGCACACUAUGAGACAGAGGGUAGCCGCGGAGCCGUUAAAGCAGCAUCUGGGGGCCAUCCCAUCGUAAAGCUCAUGGGCUACAGCGAGAAGCCUGUCAACCUGCAGAUGUUCAUUGGAACAGCCGAUGACCGCUACUUGAGGCCGCACGCCUUCUACCAGGUGCACCGGAUCACUGGGAAAACUGUAGCCACGGCCAGCCAGGAAAUUCUGGUCUCCAGCACCAAAGUCCUUGAAAUCCCUCUACUUCCUGAAAAUAACAUGUCAGCCAGCAUCGACUGUGCGGGAAUACUCAAACUGCGGAACUCCGACAUCGAGCUGCGCAAGGGGGAAACUGACAUUGGAAGGAAGAACACGCGGGUCCGAGUGGUGUUCCGAGUUCACAUCCCUCAGCCCAACGGGAAGGUGCUGUCUCUGCAGGCUGCCUCUAUUCCUGUGGAGUGCUCCCAGCGUUCAGCACAAGAGUUGCCGCAAGUUGAGAAAUUCAACCUGACCAGCUGUCUGGUCAGCGGGGGAGAAGAGAUGGUGAUCAGUGGCUCCAACUUCUUUCCGGAGUCCAAGGUCAUCUUCCUGGAGAAAGGCCCUGACGGACGCCCACAGUGGGAAGUCGAGGCCAAAAUAAUCCGUGAGAAAACUCAAGGCUCCUGCAUCGUGGUGGAGGUCCCUCCGUACCACAGCAAGACCGUGAGCUCAGCCGUCCAGGUGCAGUUCUACGUCUGCAAUGGAAAACGGAAACGGAGCCAAUCGCAACGCUUCACGUACCUGUCAGUGAUGGUAAAACAGGAGCACAGAGACGAGCUGGACCUCCCCGGACCCCCCAUUUCCAUGCCCCUAGCACAUGCUGCCAGUUUGGUCCACACUCAGCUGCCUUCUCCUGAGCAGAGCCACCCAUCGGACAGCCUUCUGUCCAGCUCCCCUCAUGGCCUGGCCACCAGCUCCGGACAUGGCCUGCUACCUCUGCCGGGCCCCUGCGCCCCCCUGAGCUCCCCAUCUUUCCAGCACCUGCCUCACCUCCAAGGUCGCAGUUUGCACCACCCUCCUGCUGACUGCCACAUGACUUUCCAACAGAGCUCUGGCCCCGCUCCUCCCCCUCAGCCCUUGUACCAGCCUUUGCAGCACAGCCAUAGUCCGAGUCACAGCCUGUCCUUUAAUGGCCAACCCAACCUCUCACCUCAGGGCUAUGAGCGGCUUCCGUUUCAGCAGAGCCCCACUGCAACAUCGCACCCAAUGAGCAUGGGCAUGGUGUAUCCUUCCUCCCCUUGUUCCUCACCUUCUGCAUCAUCCAACCCCAUUGUAGGGUCCCCGCAGAACCAGCAACCUCUGCUCACGCCCUCAUCCCCACACCUCCACAGAUUAGGAGGUUAUCACUGCUCUUCAAAUUCCAACCAGGUGCCCUCUUCAGGUGGACACCCCCUCACUGGGCAGCACUCCUCCCAGCUGCAGCGAGGAAUGGAUUACCACCCCGUAAGUCAAAGAUCAGCAUCCUGUCCCACGCCAUCCACCGCGCCCCCUCCACGGAUGGUUGCUUCUCCCCACUCUGGACCUUCUUCUCCUCAACUCCACUCGCUACCCUACCAUUCCCCGACCUCGUCUUCCCCCACCUCGGGUGGCAGCCCUCUGGGGGCCUUGCAGCAGCAUUCAGGACAGCCGUCUCCUCAGGCCACAAGCCCGGUCAUGAGCAGUCUGUCUCCAGCAGCAGUCGGGGCGCUGGUUCAUCCUCUGACUCCUCAGGGGCCCUACCCCUCUGAGGGGGAGAGGCUGAUCAUCAAACAAGAGCCAGAAGACAGAGAGCCCACUUUCCGCUCCAUUGGCCUGCAGGACAUCACACUGGAUGAUGUGAACGAAAUCAUCGGCAGAGACAUGUCCCAGGCACCAAGUGCUCACGGUCCUCCAUCAGCUCACAACCAGUCGUAGUGUCACCUGAACUCCCCCUCAAAGGUCCACCUCGCCCCUCCAUCUGUCAACCUGCAAACUCCUCAACUCAGACAAGGACUCGGGUCCUGGUCCAGGUUCUGGUCCGGGUGGCAGAAGAGGACAGCGGAGCCCUGAAGCCCCCCUGAGUGACCUGACACCUGAAGCUCAGUUCUUACAUGUAAAGGGAAACGUGGCGCCAAACGGAUCCCAGCUGUCCGCCAGCGCUCAGGCCCGAGUUUGACCUCCUGUCUUCCUGAGCCCUCGGCUCUGCGCUCCGAAGUGUUUCCAUCCCCUUCUCACCAGCAUGAAGAGGACUAGCACACAGAACGGAAGAGGCGAACACUUCCAGAGGUUUGACGGUGUGAGCAUCAGCAGAAGAGAAGCCACAUUUGACUUCAGAUACUGGAUUCUAAAAAAACUGACGCCCUGAUUGACGGGCCUGCCUUUCAGAGGCCUGCUGUCCAGACAUUUCAGUGACGCAUCCCGCCCUCCUUUCUGAUGAAACCUUCUCCUCUGGUUUUCAGAGUGCAACAUUCCACAUCUUACAGUAGCCUUGCAGCUGUUAAGAAAUCUAUAGAUUAAUCCUCACACGGCUUUCUUUUUCUGGCUUUUCUGUUAUGCCUGUUUCUUUUUUUCCUCUCUUUUUAGCUGAACAAAUGCCUUAUUGAUAUGUAUCAGCUUUGAAUGGUAGCAAAAGCUUUCUGUUGUUUUGCACAGUUUGAGGAUCAUAUGUUUUUGUUUAGGAGCCGCUGUGGAGCCUGUGUGUUUGGGAUUUUUAUGAAUCGCCCAUUAUUUUUUCUGUCAAACAGAAGCGUUCUCAUUGGUCCACAGAGACGGCACUCUCUAAAAUUUCAGUUUAAUCUCCCAGAGGCCUUUGUGUGCCUUCGAUUUUCUUACAGCGGACGAGAAACGAUCGGAAAGUAUUUGAAACGUUCAGACGUCUUUCUGUUGUACGUUGUUUUUCUUUUGGUCCUCAUUUCAUUGAACAAGUUGAAAUCCCAAAGUCGAUGAGGUCUUCCACUCCACCCUGCUCACAACAAUCACCGUUUGCUGUUAACACUGGCAGACUGGUGCGUCCUUUCAUCACAGAUAUGCAGCGCCGACAUGGCAGUGAUAACACGAACUCCGGUCAGGGAGGACGGAGACUUGAGCUGAGCAACUCGAGCUUUUUUAAAAGCUUGAAACUCGUUUCCAGCUGAAAUGAUUCUGCUAUGCAUUCAUGCUUUCUUUAUGCUUAAAAAACGACAAAAAAAAGACCUUGAUGCCUGUAUAGGUAGACACUUGUCUUUGCAGAUGCUGGGCUGGUUCUGUUCAAAUCCUGUGGAAGCCUCUCGAUGGCUUCUGGGGCACACGCGUGUGUGUGAGUGUGAGUUAUGGUGAAUGGCAGUCAUUUGCAUCAAGAUCCUAUAAAAAAAAAGAAAAAAGAGGAUUGGGUCCUAUUUUCCAAUAACAAAAGCACUUGUGUGUUGAGUCUAUGCAAACCGCAGCAAAAGUGAGCUCUAACACAAACUCAGAAGCAACAUUUUUCUGGAUAAAUGAAAAGAGAAUUCAUGUGGUGGGAAUAUCAUACCACUAUGUGAACCCUUCAGAUGCCUUAACUCUUGUUCGUAUGCUGUUCUCUGCCCUGGCCUAGGUCAGGAUUCUAGUUUCUUCCUGUUUGUUUUUUCACAUUAAGACGAGUUCUGCAGCUCAAGAGACAAAAGAGUGAAACAAAACCAGCAUUGACGGUAAACUCUGGCUGCCGUCUGCUUCGGCCACAACCAAAGAGCGAACAACUUGUUCCUGUUUUAAGUGACGGCGAAGCAGUGGAUUCUAUUUUUGAUACUUUGAAAUGGAUGUCAUUCCUACAAACGGCUGAGGACAUGUAUGACUCUGUCUAGAUGGCAUACAUGUUUUUGUGUGGGUGUCUAGAUGCACAGAAAAACUAUUUAGAUGUAUUUUGUAAAAUAAAAGGGAAAUACAGGAUUAGCUGAUGUUUACCAA